AUACAGUCGGCCUGGGUGGUCCGGAAGAAGCCGAAUUGCUUGUGCUGAAAAUGAUUGAGAAGGGCCGAAUCCACGCCAAGAUCAACCAGGCUAACGGUACAGUGUCCUUCGACGAAUCGCCUCAGGACUUUGGUGCACGCGACACCACGCUGUUGCUGAAUGCUCAGAUAGAGUCGCUGAUCAAACUAAAUCAGUCAGUUCUCUUGGCGGAUCAGCACGUGCAGGACACCAUGGACUUGGCUAAG